UCCCAAAUAGACCCGACAAAAACUCAAUUGAAGACGCCUUGAGGGUGAAAAAUCAAAUCUCGAACGAACCUGGAGGAGAUACUCGAGGAGGGGGGCCUCCACCUUUUCCACAUUCAGGCAAAGUACUUUCAAGUGAGCCCGCAACAACAGCAGCAACUGCCUCUGCAACACACGUGAAUAGUCCGAUAGUAGGAUAGCGGAGGAAUAGGCUCUUAAGAGGACCUCAACAUGCCCACAAGGGCCCAUGUGAUUGAUGAAUGAACCAACCAACCUGCAGCCUGCGGCCCACAUCUCUCAUCUUGAUGCGCAUAGCGCAAUUUGCUCUCGGGAUCAAAGCUUCCACUCAUAUCCGAGUUUUCCCUUCCUUGGAAAGAGAUAUCGUGGCGUUCAGCACUCUUAAUUAGUGACCUCCUCCUCGUCCUGUGGCCUUUCACUCACCCUUGGUGCAAGAGCUCUUUUUCGUUGGUGCACGUUCACAAAAACAAAAAUACCAGGAUCUUGGGCAAGAUUGAUGAACCUGGGAGACAAACUGGCGUACUAGUGCUUGACUCGCUAACAGUAACAACAACAAGAAGGGGCGUGAUGCAUUGUGAAUUAGGGCGUGACGUUUGAUUUACCUCGCCUAAGACAAAUUAGAGCAGGAAUCAUCUCCUCGCCUAUUUGCAUUCGACUGCACGGAUAGCCAGCUUCUGCUCUUUACCGCACGAGUCAAGGCCAAAGUGCAUGAAUAAUAAUUAGACGUGGAAAAAUAUGUUCCCCACAAACAGACCCGUGAAAAUGGAGGGCGUCUCGUUCAAAGUGGUCUUGGUGUUGACCUUGGUGUGGAGUGGCGUAAAGGCCGAGAGUUGUGAUGACAUGGGGCGGAAACAAAUGCAAGAAGAAUUCAACACGUGUGUCAAUAAAUUCAUGCAGAAACACCACGAGGCGGUGGCCAAAUCAAAUACCAAGUCCGAAAUACAGAGUGUGACUUGCCAAAUGUUGAAGGAUACGGUUGAAUGCGGCAAUUUGUGGUCCCGUUGUCACAACUCCCAAGAAAUCCGGAGCCAGAAGGACAUGCACAUCGCGGCCAGGAUCCAACAAUAUCAAGACCGGCCGUACGAUGUUGAUGUCAAUCAAUGUCCCGUGAUCCAAGAAUAUCUUCGAAGUGGGCGUGCCAAUCAGAAACGCUCUGAGGAGGAAAGGUGCACGUCAGAGCAGGUAUUCACGGUCCAGGGACAAUUUCAAUCGUGCAGCCACAAUGUUUCUGGCGAUGUUUGGAACCAGAUCAAGGACAAAGAGGAUGCCAAGCGAAUGGCCAUGAGGAAGGAUAAUCCCGAUAUUGAUUACGAAGAAAAUAUUCUCAACACUGAGACAGACAUUCAGCCAUUGAUCUGCCUUGCUCUCCAUGAGAUCAAAGAGGAGUGUUCGUAUUUUUUCGAGGAAUGCUUUAACAAAGCAGAUAGUGAUCAAAUGUUGGAGCAAAACCGAAAGCAACUCAUCGACUACUUUGGCAGUAUGUUCAAUGGAUUCAAUGAGGCAUCCUGCCCAAAAGUGGAUCCCAGACCCUGGUCUUCAAGUACAUCAUCCACCACAUCCACAUCGUCGACUUCCUCUUCUUCCUCCUCCUCCUCCUCCUCGUCGUCCUCUUCUUCUUCAACCACUUACCCGUCAUCAUCUCCUACCCCUAAACCUACCUCCACUUCGGAGUGGUCCUAUUCCCAAGAACCCACUUUCCCGUCCUCCGCCCCGUCCUCAGCCCCAUCCUCGCCAACAUCCUCAUCUACGGCUCAAGCUCCAACUAUUUCGUUUGAGGAUGAUUAUUACGACUACAAAGACGAUAACAACUACGGAUAUGAGGAAGAUGACGAUGAAUACAGAGUCCGACUGGACUACGAGGGGGAAACAAACGAUAUUGCCGGACCCGUUGGGUUCUCUCAGACUUCAACGACAGAGGCCCCACGAUCCUCUCGAGAUGGAUCCAGAUCCGAUUCUUCUUCUAAUUAUCAAGCCGGGGAGCGGAUCUCCGCCGCCAAUGCAGCCUCUGCUCCAAUUCUCAUGAAUAGGAUCUUGGUAUCAAUUGUGUUUUUCUCAACGAUUUGGCACUCCAUGAUGUCAUUGCUACAGUAAAUGGACCAAUUUCAUCUUUGUACGUUCAAAAGAGAAUCAAGGAGAACCAAUUUAUCAGUGAGGUUGAAAGCUCAGUGACGAGAGCGAUUGAGAACUUUCAAAGUGUCUUGUGCUUUCAAAUCCUUUACUUUUCUAGAGAUUUAGUUCUCGACCCUGUCGCCUUAAGCAAUUGUCAUUUUUGCAAGUCUACAUACUAGAUGGAUUUCAAAUUGGUGAUAAAUCUCAAUCAUUAUGGUCUCUUAAGCUUAAGAGCCAUCGGUUUCGUUCGCCAUGGAAAGUUGAAGGUCUUCGGUUUCUUUACAUUCAAGCAGUCAAUCGAAGAGAUAUCUCCAUUUCUAAUGACGAUUGCAGAUCAUGUGUUCAUUUUAGUCAGUUUCCUAAAUUGUCGUCAAGCCCGCACCUCCUAGAAGUGGUCAAUAUCGUUAAUAAUAGAUGAAUAGAUUCUCCAAGAAGAUGUAUAUGAAUAACUGAUUUUGUGUAUGGAUCAUGCUUCUUCUUGAAUGAUUAAUGUACAAGUGAACACCAUAACGUCUGUCAUAAGAUGCGGAAAAGUUUGAGACUGAGUGAAAUUGACUUAUUUUUAAUAAAUAUGAAAAUUUUA